AGACCACUUGAGAGACAAUAUUGAGCGUCGCAACGGAGAAAGGCGAUAAGGGGAGUCAGUCACCACCCCCGCGGCAGUUCCUUCCCAGCCAAGCAACCGGUAACAAGAGAGCUCUGACACGAGGCACCGAACACCCCAGCGCUUCAAAAUGAGGCUGUUAGGGAAAGAAAACGGACCCGUGUUUAUCAUCCUCGUGAUGGUGCUUCUGGUGAGCGCCGCGACCCUGACCGGAGGCAUCGUCAGUUACAUGGAGGAGGGCAUGACCGACAACGCCCUCAUCCUCAUCCUCUUCGGCUCAAUCGUUUUCCUCUUCGUGACCCUCGCCUUCGUCAUCACGCUAUGCACGGAGCCGCUGCCCCACCAACGGCCCACCAGACUACCCUACUCUGACAGCCCGCCCAAGUACCGCGAGACAUGGAGACGCCAGCACCUUGAGUCUUUAUCCCAGGCCACGGACACCUACACAGGGGACACCUCUCUCGAGACAGGAGGAACUACAGUCACUAACCUCUCAAGACUGGACGCUCGGAGCCUUUGGAGGUCUGCAGCCAUUCCUGGGGUUCACGAAACUCCAAGGAGAACGAGAACCACUUCGGUGAGCGUGAUCAGUACGAACCAAGGAGAUCUAGGGAUCAGCAGCAGUAGGUCUGGGAGAGCAAACACAGAUCCACAUAUAUGGGUUAGUGAUGAAGGGCUUCCUAGCUACGAGGAGGCGCUGAGGAAUUGAAGGAAAGAUAGCCUCGUUUAGCCCUGAUUGAGGCUUAUUCUCUUCAUAUUGCUGUCCUCUCUGUUGACCAGAGAAGGCAAACACCGAUCCACUUAUGUGUGUUAGUGAUGACAGGCUUCCAAGAUGCAAGGAGGUGCUAAGGAGACGAAAGAAGCUUUAUCACGAUUGAGGCUUAUUCUCUCUGCGUCGUAGUUCUGCGCCCAACAUUCGGAUGUUUGAAGCCAGAACCUGACGAACUGGAAACUCACCCGACGACUCUGGGAUCGAUUUGGUCGCCCGCCUGAGAAGAAGAGCUAUAAUUCUCGCCCUUAAUAACCAGAGGAUGUAGGUCAGUAUUGAUACAGCUGAGGAGUGAGUGAUCCAUAACCCGUUUUAUGAGCCAGCAUUCAGGGAUCUCGCCCAUGGAGGACACCCAAGACACUGGAAUUGAUCUCGGCCGGCACGUGAGGAUGACAAGAACCAUAAUUCAUGCCCUUAAUAACCUGAGAAUGUAGUUUGGUCUUGAUCCAGGCACUGAGUUACCCGUAGUCUUAGUUAUGACCUGAUCCAGAUGAACGGCAUUGGAUUUCACCCGACACCGAAAUCUAUAAAGUCGUUUGUGUGGGAAGGACAAAAGUCAUGAAUCACGUCCUCAAUAACCUGAGGAUGCAGGUCAGCCAUGAUGCAGUCAGGGAGUGAAUGAUCGAUGACCUCGUUUUGACGCCGGCACGAAGGGGAAUGAUAUCGACGAGUUAUAUCUGUGGCUCCAUUUCUACUUUGGCUCGAAGCGAAGGUCGGUCAGUCUCUCUUGUAAUCGUCCAGUGAGAGUCUGACAUCCUCAUAUCUACUCUGUCACGAAGAAGGAAAAUCAGUCACUCUCCCUAGUCAUAGCAGUGAUAGAUUCGCGACUUUGUAUCUACUCGAGCAUGAGGCCAAGGUCACUUUAGUGAGUGGUCCGCCGAAAUCUCCGAAAUCUCACUUCCGUGCCGACAGUCAGUCAAUCAAUCAGAAUCUCCGCCGCGACCUCAAUUUCAACGUUGACGGAUCACGCGGCGUACCCAAAGGAGAACCGCGGACCCAAGCCGAUUAUAGACUGAUACGCCGAAAGGAGACUGUGGCAGAGUAGACGAUUAUAUGAGAAAUGCAUUAAGUUGACAGAAUGAUACGACGAAGAGAGACUGGGACAUAGCUGACGCUUAUAAGAGAGAUGGAUUAAGGUGAUGUUUUGAUGAUUUAGGACUAAUGGAUCAAAGGAAGAGGCAUAAUAAGGUGACACUUUGAAGCCAGACUGACGUGAAUGAGUUUGAUAUAUACGUUUAUCCCUUACCCUCCGCUACACAUCUCAUUUUUGCUAGCCCCCUUUACUGCAUUCCUCAUUGCAUACUGCUAUUUCUUCAUCUCAUGUUAUGCUGUAGCGUGGCAUAAUGGAUAGGUAAGGACUCACGGAAGAUCAAGGAGCAAGUGCAUGUAGUAAGUGCUCUAAAGACAAGGUCGUAAUAUUAUGAUUGACUUUAUUUGUACCUAAGUUUUGUAGGUGAAUGUUUCCCUUGACUGUAUAUAAGAAUAUAAGAAAUAUAAGAACAUAGGGAGACUGCAAGAGGCCUAUAGUAUCAAACUUCUAUGAUUCAGACUUUUUUACGGAAUUAUGUAUCAAAACUAUUUAUGAAACA